AUGGCAUGUCUAAGAUGCUACCGCAAUCUUCUCCUUGUCCUCUUACUAUGCACGUUAAUUUGCCUACUUAUCAUUACUUCAGAUGCAGAUUCAAGCUGGCCUUCAGCUGAUCAUAAGACGUACAAGGCUGCUACAGAAGAAGCUACAGCUCGUAAGAGAUACAAGGAUGCACAGAACUGGCUAAACCAUGGAGGAGAUUUAUACAAUAGAAGAUAUGCUAACAAGGAGACCAAGAUAAGUCCUGAAAGUGUUUCCAGGCUAAGUUUGAAUUGGGAAUUCUAUGCUGGAAAGGAUAUAUCAGCGACACCAGCAAUUUUCCAGGGUACCCUUUAUUUCCCAAGCUGGAAUGGAUACAUCUACGCAGUUAAAGCAUGUGAUAGAUCUCUUAUUUGGAAGCAGAACUUGGAGAACCUAACUGGGAUUGUUGUUACAAGUGCUUUCGCCUCUCUUAACAUCUACUCUUCUGUCUCAAGGUCAACCCCUACAAUAGCUGGUAAUCUACUCAUCUUUGGGCUUUAUUGGCCUGGUGUUAUUAUUGCUGUCAAGAGAUCAACAGGGAAGCUUGUAUGGAUUACUCGGAUUGAAAGCCAUUUGACCAGCGUCAUCACCAUGUCUGGAACUUAUCACGAAGGGAGCUACUACAUUGGUGCAUCUUCACUAGAGGAAGGUGCAACAAUCGACCAAUGCUGUACUUUCCGAGGAAGCCUUGUCAAAUUAGACAGCAAAACUGGUAAAAUCCUAUGGAAAACCUAUAUGUUGCCCGACAAUUUCAACAAAACUGGAGGUUAUGCCGGAGCUGCUAUCUGGGGAAGCAGCCCAUCCAUUGACAGACAUAGGAACCUUGUUUUUGUUGCCACUGGUAACUUAUAUUCUGUACCACUUAACGUGAGCCAAUGCCAGGAUAAGGAAAAUAAUCAGACAACACCUAAACAUCCCGAUGAGUGUUUGGACCCUGAUAGCCAUGCAGAAUCGAUGUUAGCACUUGAUUUAGACUCUGGCAAGAUCAAAUGGUACCGUCAGCUAGGGGGUUAUGAUGUAUGGUUUGCAGCAUGCAGCGUUAUAAAUUUUACAUCUCCGGACUGUCCAAUACCAGGACCAAAUCCAGAUGCCGAUUUCGGAGAGGCACCAAUGAUGCUAAGUAUACACCUCAAUGGAACAAAGAAAGACAUUGUCGUUGCUGUUCAGAAAAGUGGCUUUGCCUGGGCUUUGGAUCGUGAUAACGGCAGCCUAAUUUGGUCAAUGGAAGCUGGACCUGGUGGACUUGGAGGAGGGGGUACAUGGGGAUCGGCCACAGAUGGAAAGAGGGUAGUUUACACGAACAUUUACAACAGUGAUCGCAAGAACUUCACUCUGAAACCAUCUAAUGAGACCACAACUGCCGGUGGGUGGGUCGCACUCGAUGCUAGCAAUGGCCAGGUUCUAUGGUCUACCGCAGAUCCUAGCAAUGCCACUGCCCCUGGCCCAGUUAGCUUGGCUAAUGGUGUCCUAUUUGCUGGUUCCACAUUUCGAAAAGGACCCAUUUAUGCAAUUGAAGCAAAGACAGGAAAAGUCAUAUGGUCAUAUCAAACAGGAGCCACGGUGUAUGGUGGUGUUUCAGUCAGCAAUGGUUGCAUUUAUCUUGGUAAUGGAUAUAACGUUAGCCUCGGAGUUCUGAAUCCUUCAUUUACCUCAGGGACCUCACUCUUUGCAUUCUGUGUCUCCUGA